GUUAAAACCGUGUGUCGACCGUGCCGAGAGGUUCAUUUUGCGUCGGACAACCGAAACCACCCGUGGUCGAUUAUUCGCACAACGCCGCACCGUGUGUGUGUUUCGUUCCCACCCAACCCUCCACCACCGCUGGGCCACCUGGAGACACACCACCCGGAAUAAAAAGUCGGUUUUAAUCCGAGGUGUCCGUCACGGCAACCGGUUGUCCGUAUGAUCGAAAGUGUCGCUAAACGUCUAAUCAUUAGGUAAACAAGUGCUAGGUUACAGCGCUACCGCUUGUAACCCCCCCACGGCACACACAUACGCGUUUGGUGCUCGCGAUCGCGCUAGGAUAAUAUUUAUUGACCUGUGUCAGUGUGUGGAAGUGUGGAAGUGUGUGCGCGUACUUUUGAAGGCCGCGCAAAUCGCCCCCUGCCGGCAAAACGGGAAGAACCGCGUGUUGUUGCAGUGACUGUGUCGGUGUAAGUGUGUGCGUGCGUGUGUGUGUGUGUGUAUCCUGAACGUCCUGCUUGCAGCGCGGCCUCAAGAUGAAUGUGGAAAUAACGCCCAACUAUUCGUACAUUUUCGACUUCGAGAAUGAGUUCAUCCACCAGGACACGCGUGUCUGGAUGGUGAAGAACUGGACGUACGUGUUCUACUACUGCGGCAUCUACAUGGCGGUCAUCUUUGGCGGCCAGUACUACAUGCAAAACAGGCCAAGAUUCGAGCUGCGAGGGCUGCUAGCAAUAUGGAACACACUACUGGCAAUGUUCAGCAUAAUGGGGGCCUGCCGGACAGCGCCCGAGCUGGUACACGUACUCCGACACUACGGGCUCUUCCACUCCGUUUGCGUUCCUAGCUUUAUUGAACACGACCGUGUCAGUGGUUUCUGGACAUGGUUGUUCGUGCUGUCGAAGCUGCCGGAACUGGGCGACACGGUGUUCAUCGUGCUGCGGAAGCAGCCGCUCAUCUUCCUGCACUGGUACCACCACAUCACCGUGCUGAUGUACUCCUGGUUCUCCUACACCGAGUAUACCGCCUCCGCCCGGUGGUUCAUCGUGAUGAACUACUGCGUCCACUCGGUCAUGUACUCGUACUACGCGCUGCGGGCCCUCAACUUCAAGCCGCCGCGCUCGAUCGCGAUGCUCAUCACGACGCUGCAGCUGACGCAGAUGGUGGUCGGCUGCGCGAUCAACAUCUGGGCGCACGGGUUCCUCCAGACGGCCGGCAAAAACUCGUGCAACAUCUCCGAGAUGAACAUCAAGCUGUCGAUCGCGAUGUACUUCAGCUACUUUGUGCUGUUCGCCCGCUUCUUCUACAAGACCUACCUCUCGACGAACGCGCGCAAGGGCAAACGUCCGAUCCAGGUGACGGCCUCGUCGACCGCCACCAGCGGCCACCAGUACAUCGACAGCGGCUCGUCGCUCACCGGCAAGUCGGACGUGCAGUCGCUGCUCGCCGGCGGACAGGCCAGCAGCAAGAUAAAGGCACAGUAAAAAGGCCCCAACCACCGGCAAAAAGAGAGCAGCGACCCCUUGCGGCUUCUUUCCAAAGGCGUAGCAAGGGAUGAGGAGGGGGGGGGCUGUAGAAGCAGCAGAAGGUGGCAGCAGGUAGCGAUUACCUAGUGGUUGUGGGUGACACAUCGUAGUUCCUUCAUUUCAAUUCCAUUCCUUCUCGAGCUCUGUGCGUUGGAAAAGGAAGGGGUUUUAGAGGGUGGAGCAACAAAUUCCAAAUGGCAAUACAGGCGCGACACACUCAGGAGCCUCAGCCCUCCUACCCCCCGUACCCGUACACCCGUAAGCAGUUCAUGGGGAUUUUCCAGCAGCAGCAGCAGCACCACAGAGAACCGUUUGCUCCACUAAAUGCUAAUUGUUUCGGCCACCUUCUAGGGUUCUAUUGUAGGCCCCCCCUUCCCAGCUAUAAUGGUGUGUUACAUUUGUCGCUUAGUCGCUUGAACGUCUUUGUCAACCAAAACGGCGAAAGAAGUUACAACUUUUCCCCAACAAGAACAAAAAGCGGCCCCAAUAUAUCCCCCCCCUACAAGUUGCCACCCGAACACGGUGUGUAAGCAAAUAGAGCACAUACCAAUAGCGCAUUACUUUAGCAUUCCUGAUGGUGGGCCCCCUCUUCUUAAGCCGAAGCCGUAAACUGCGUGUGCAAACGCUGUACAUGAUCGAUGUUUAGGUAGAUGGUUAUGUUUUACACAUAGAUACGCUUAGAACAGAAUGAUGGCCCUCCUGUUUGGCACGAAAACAACAACAAAAAAAAAAAAACCAAAAAUUCGACAAUGGGAAGUUAGUGGGAGACACACGAUCACUUCCGUCAGACAGAAAGCGACGAACCCAAGAGGAAGAGAGAUAGAGAGCGACACUGACGACAAUUCUAAGGACGAAGAACCACAUAAACACACACGGUACUAUACACGGUGCAUGACUUCAUUUCUACUUACAAAGCAGAAACUGGAAGACAGAGAGAGCGAACACACUGCGCGGGGGGGAAAAAAACGGGCCACGGGGGAAAAGUCACAGAACUUUAGACACAACAAAAUGAAAAGAAAAAAAAACAAGAAAAAAACAAACAAACUAUUGAUUCGGGAUUGACGGGGUUACUUUUUUUUUGUUUUAGUUGUUUAGUGUACACAUCUAAUGGUAGCUAAAACACUCUUCUGUACGCUAUUUUUUUUUUGUCUUAUGAUUUGUACAUUAUUAAGUAUGAUAAAUAUGUUUGCGUUUUUCUUUUUCUUCUUCUUCUUCAUCUCUCCUGUCCUUUCGCCGCCUGUUGUAUCAUUUCGGGAAGCUAAUAAUAUAAUUGUACGUAGUUUUCUUGUUUUCUUGGGCGGGUCGAAGAGCAGGACGAAGAACUUAGUUUGUAAAUGCGAAUGCGUGCGGCGAAUGGGAAGAGGAAGGAAGGAAGGAAGGAAGGAAGGACCUCCGGGAAGGAGUGCAGUGCUGUAGAACGACACAGACAGACACAGGCAGGGCCAGAAAGGCGUUCCACAGCUUUAGGAGUUUCGUUUCCUUCUGCUUUGUUACUUUAGCCCGAGCGUCGUCCGCUCUUGGAAGGUAAAUACUAUCUACAGUUACAUAUUAAGAAUAGCACACACACACCACACACACACACGGGGGGGUGUAUGGCAUGGCGAAAGAUAGGUUACACGGGGGGGGGGGGGGGGAGUUAAGUAAAGCAAAGAACAGAUGAAACGGAAGUGAUUGAACAAAGAAAAAAGCGGGAGAAAGAAACUCCACAAAACCGAACAAAUAGAAAGGAUAACGAAGGGAAAAGUAGGAAUGAUACAAAUGCCCUCGAAAUCGGGAUGAAAUGUUAGGGAAAUUAUAAUUAAAAUGGGCUUUGUGUGUGUGUGUGUGUGCUGUGUUGUAGAUGAGGAUAAGGAAAGAAUAGGAAGGGGGUUGUAAUGGUAGGUGGGGGAGAGUACGUUAGCUAUAAAUUGCUCGCGGGGUAUGUUUAACGUAGUUUAAACAACAAUAUACCACUCCACCGGGUGCUCCUAAACAUGUGGGAGUGUUAGAAGAAGAAGAAGAAGAAGAAGAAGAAGAAGAAAAAGAGGAGGAGUAGAAGAAGAAGAAGAAGAAAAAGGAAGUACGUGGGAAAACAAACGAACAACAGAAACACAUGAAACAUCUGCGCAAAGACUGUUUUCGACUUAUUUAUAAUAGAAAAGAGAGAGAAAGAGAGAAAAAAUAAACCACUGGAAAACGACAAACGGAGAGUAACAUUGCAACAAACAAACAAACAAACUCUGCAUAUACAUAUUCGAACAGGAAGUAGAGAAGAACAAGCAGUAGCAGUGGGUGGGAAAACUAACACAGCAAACAAAACUUAACAGGAAAAAUACAACAAAACAUUUAAAAAAACAAUGUUAUUAUUUAUGCGUUUAUCUUUUUGGUGGUGGUUCUUUCUUUUUUAAAAAACUAAAUAGAUCUUUGAAUAUAAAAAAGAGGCGCAAAAAGAGAGGAGAUUCUUAGCUCCGCUUUGCCUCCUAGUCAUACCUACACACUACCUACACAUCAUCAUCAUUCCGUAAAUUUGGAUUGCUGCAAAAAAAACGAAGCGAUGUAAAAUAUCCAACAUGAGAAAGGAAAAUCACAAGUGAGUGAAACGUUAUUUAAAAAAAAUCGCGUGCCCGUUUACUAACAAAAACUGCUCAAAACCACCCCAAAAGGGGGGGAGGCGCAUCAAAGGCUAACUGUGUUUGCGUGUGCUGGUAAUGGUGCAAUGCAAUUGUGUGGCGCUUUUUGCUUCAAUAAUCAUCAUUUAUCGGGAAGCAAAUAGAUAAAGUGUGAUGUGGUGGUGUUCAAGCACAGUUCACCGAAGAAUCUUCGAAUCAGCAAACAUCGAGCACGAGCACAGAAGAAGCAUGGUGUAAAUAAUUAAUUUGCCUCAUCCCAACCGCAAGCGCGAGCGAGCAUCAUCGAACAAUAUCGAUCAAGCAACGGGGAGAGAUUCAUUAUCGCUUCGUUAAAUUCUUUAGCGAAGCAUAAUAUCAGAUUGUGUGGCGAAGCGAGUCGAAAAUAAAAUCUCCUCCCCCCCGGGGGCAGAUGGAAAUAAAAGCCGAAUUACGAUGAAAAUAUUAUCUGCUGAUCGAUCCCCCCCUGCCGAACAUAUUAUACACAGCAUCAUCCUGUAAAUAUUGCUUCACUCAAUGCCAACCACACACCACCAGGGGCGUUAUCUUCCCGCAAAAUCCCGCCAGCCAAGCGCAGCGGCCAAUUUAUUAGCGCAUUUUGCAAUUUUGCCACACAGUUCGAUACACACAAAUACACACAAGUUUAUCCUAGCCUGUAUUUUUUGUUUGUUUGUGCGCUGAUGGUUGAUAGUUCAUAAUUGCAAAAUUGCGUUGCAUAAUGCAUGGGAAUAUGUGAGCAAAUGAGCAUGCGAGAUUUAGAGUGUAUCGUGAUCAUAUAACGUUCAAACGCUUACCUAGUUUGUGUGUUUAGAACAGUGGUUUAAUGGGUGGAUAAAAAAACAAACAAUGAAUCGAAAAAGAUUCACGCUUUUUUUUUGGGUUUUCGUAAGGAGAGAUUUCUGUGAAAAGCUGCAUUCCCACUUUGCAAUACCAUGCUCAUCCAUUAGAGAAAGAAAAACAAAACCUCAUUAAGCUAAACUAUUUAUCAUAAAUCAUGUGAAAGCGCCAACCUUGCAUGAGUAGUGUGCAAACUCUAACUCAUCAAAUCUGAUCUGUGUCACUGUUGGGAAGCAUAACAUUCAGGUUGAGUUUUGACUUGAAUUGAAAGAGAGAGAGAGGGAGAGAAAAGUAUUGCAAAAAAAAAGAGGAAACAUUAAUUUACAAGAAGAUAAUGAGAAACAAGAUAACGAGAUAACGAGCAGAUGUUGUGUUCAACUGGAACAAAACAAGAUGAAAGAAGAAGAAACAAAAACUAUACAGCACAACACAGAAACUGAAAACAACAACAACAACAACAAAACACAAAUGUUAACAAGAGUGUGAACACAGAAGUAGGAAUUAACAAAGAGAAAAACCCGAAGAAAGAAAGCGAAAACAAGGAAACAACAAAACAUAGACACAUAACAAAACAAGUGACAAAAUAGCCGACAAUUGUAUAAAACAGUAAAACCCGCUAAGGGAAGGAGAGAAAGGGAGAACAUGUAACAAAACAAAAACAAAAACAUACAAAAAUAUGCCGAAUGUGGAAUAUAUAAAUGAAACUGCAAGCAAUGAAGAAGCGAAAAGAGGGGACAAGUGAAAACAUAUACUGUAAACUGGUUUGUUAUUGUUCUUUGAAGCAGUUAAUAGCAAAUGAGACAAACAAAACACACAAACACACAGAAAAUACGGAAACCUGUUUUAUCGUUUGCUCUGGCUGCCCUUCUGCUAGUGUUUCUUUCCUUUCUGUUAAGUAUAUUGUUUGUACACCUAAACAAUAUGUAAGAUAUAAUUGAGAGAAGAACAAAAAAUAUGAGAAAACAAAUACAUACAAAAAACAA